UCACCCCUUUACGCCCCAUUUCUCAGCUGCGGCCUCGCUCACAUGGCCGUCAGGCCCGUCACUCCUCUCGACCUCGUCAAGUGCAAACCCACCGUCUCAUCCAUCUCUCUGUGUGUGAGUUUCACACACACGCACAAACUCAGUUACUGUCCUCUGCCGAUGUGAUGUCCAUCGACUUCGAUUCCGUCGUCCUCCGGCUCUGUUGGUGGUGUGUGGGAAGGGGGGUUUUUGGGUAAAAGAGAGGAGAAAGAGUUCGGUGUUCAGCGUCCGAUGAUCGGGAUGCCACCACUCUGAUCGUCCCUUGAAGAUGCAGAUUUGUUUCGAUUCAGGUAACAGAGACGAGAAAAAUGGGUUUCGAUUUUGGUAACCAUAGUCGAUUUGUCACGAUUUGGUCAUGAUAUUGUUUUCCAUUUGAUCGUGAUUUUGGGCUCUCGCUCUGAUCGUGAUAUUGUUUCGAUGUGUACUCAUUAGGUUUUGAAGAAUCAAUUGGUGAAGCCACUCCGAAUGGUUUGGAAAUUUAAUCUGGUUAGUUUUCUAGAGUGUUUAGUGCAGUAGCUGGAGAUGGAGAUGGAGUGAGUUUGAUGGUGGUGUAGCGAGAGAGAACCAGAGGAGCCGGUGACUUCGUUCGUCGUCGUCCUCGACGUUGCGCGCUACAGAGUUAAAAAAGGAGGCUGGGAAGGAAAGGACUUUAUUACCCUUUGUUGUGGAUUUUCCGUCCAUGUCUUGGAUGGAAGGCAAAGUAAACAAAAAUUAGAGAGUUUAAGGGGCAAGUAAUUGAUGGAGAAGGAAGCAAUCCCAGCAGAACUGAUAGUGGGGGAGAUCUUGUGGAGGCUCCCAGUGAAGCCUCUUGCACGUUUCAGGUCAGUCUGCAAGACCUGGAAUUCUAUAAUAUCUUCCGAUCCCAAGUUCGCUAUUCUUCAGCUCAAGAAUUCAUCAACUGUUAGAACUUGUGUAGAUCGCCAAAGAGUCAUGCUUUGGCAUCGUUUGGAUUGCUCCUCUGCUUUCUUCCUAGAAAAGAAAAACAGUAUAUUUUCUAUCGAAAAGAUCGAUACCAGCCCCAUCAAAGUUAACAAGGCUUCUUCUUCUUCUUAUUCAAUUGUGGCCUCGUGUGAUGGCUUGGUCUGCGUACGUCAACAAAUAAAAAAUGAAGUUGCCUUAGUCAGCAAUUCGAUUAUGUUCUGGAACCCAUUAACAAGAGAGACCAAGAGAGUCUCUGAUCCGCCCACCUUUCCCCCUUCAACCAACUGGUUCAACUAUGGUCUCGGUUACGAUUCUUCUACUGAUGACUACAAGUUAGUUCAGAUCAACAUUGGCUUUGAGAACAAUGAGACUGGGUUGUUUCAACAAAACAAAGUCGGCGUCUUUUCCUUGAGAACCAACUCUUGGAGGCAGAUUCAAGACUUCCCUGCUACUAAAAUUUGUUCCCUUCAACCUGGGGUAUUCAUCAAUGGAGCUCUCCAUUGGACCUGUUUUUAUAAGGAUUCGCCCGACUACCAUUUCAAGGUUGUUUCUUUCUGUCUAGAAAUGGAGAAAUAUACACUGCUGGACAUAACUGCCAUUGAUUUUCCGUUGCGCAACUUUGUUGUUGGGAUUCAGGUUCUGGGCGAUAAUUUAGCUGUAUAUUAUCCUUCCAAUGAGAACAGGUCUUAUCAUUUAUUGUUUAACAAUCUCUAUGACAAUAGUGAGUCUUGGACAGAACAUACAGUCACCCUUCCCUAUGGUGAUUUGUUCUUUCCGGUGUACCUGUUGGAGAAUGGUGAAGUCUUGUUCCAAGUGAGAAAAGGUCAAUUCGGGGUUUACUGUUUGAGGUAUGGUACAUUUGAGCGUUUACACAUCCGUGGCCUGCCCAAAACUUUCCAAGCACUGACCUUUUCCGAGUCCCUUAUUUCGCCGAAUACAUAUAAGGGGACAAAGAUUUGAUAUCAAGAGUAUGGGAACGGAGAAGAAGGAAGUUCGGCUCAUGGCAAAAAGCUAUGUUACAUGGACUCGGGUGCAAAUAUCGGAUACGGGUGCAAGUUGAAGUGUCGGACCUUCCUAAAUUUAAAUCUUAGGAUACUAGGAUAUGUGUCUCCAAAUUGGGUAUGGGUACGGGAACACGUCUUGAACACUUGUUUGUUGUAUAUUCUGUAAUUUUUUAAGAUUAUGUUAUGUUCAUUAUAUUUAGGAAUCUAUUUAAACAAGAAAUGGUUAAGAAAAAUUUGUUUUUGCUA